AUGUCUAUAGAGCUCGUUCUGUGUGAGAAACAGUUCCAUAUUUGGUUGUUGCUAUUUGAUUCCUACCAAGAUAAAAUGAAUAAAGACAACAUACUCCACACUGACACUACCAUAAAAAUCACCUUGUUCUCUGAAGUGAGCAUUGGGAUCUCAGCUAACAGUGCCCUGUUUUUUUCCCACCUCUUCAUGCUCUUUGAAAAGAACAGAUCUAAGCCCAUUGAUCUCUACAUUGCUUUCUUAUCCUUAACCCAACUAAUGCUGCUUAUAACUAUUGGACUUAUAGCUGCUGACAUGUUUAUGUCUCGGGGGAGAUGGGAUUCUACCACAUGCCAGUCCCUUAUCUAUUUGCACAGGCUUUUGAGGGGUUUUACCCUUUGUGCUACCUGUCUGCUGAAUGUCCUUUGGACCAUCACUCUCAGUCCUAGAAGCUCCUGUUUAACAACAUUUAAACAUAAAUCUCCCCAUCACAUCUCAGGUGCCUUUCUUUUCUUCUGUGUUCUCUAUAUAUCUUUUGGCAGUCACCUCUUUUUAUUGACAAUUGCUACCCCCAAUUUGACUUCAGAUAAUUUUAUGUAUGUUACUCAAUCCUGUUCAUUUCUACCCAUGAGUUACUCCAGAACAAGCAUGUUUUCCACACCAAUGGCCAUCAGAGAAGCCCUUCUUAUCGGUCUCAUUGGCCUGUCCAGUGGGUACAUGGUUGCUUUCCUACGGAGACACAAGAAUCAGGCCCGGCAUCUUCACAUCACCAGCCUUUCUUCAAAAGUGUCCCCAGAGCAAAGGGCCACCAGGACCAUCCUGCUGCUCAUGAGCUUCUUUGUGGUUCUCUACAUUUUGGAAAAUGUUGUCUUCUACUCUAGAAUGACAGUCAAGGAUGGGUCAGUGUUCUACUGUGUCCAAAUUAUUGUGUCCCAUAGCUAUGCCACCAUCAGUCCUUUUGUGUUUAUCUGCACAGAAAAGCGUAUAAUUAAGCUUUGGGGGUCAAUGUCUAGCAGAAUAGUAAGUAUUUGAUUACUGAGUGAUGGAUAUGGUCCCUUAAUAUAAUCCAAUAUGUUGUCAUAAUAGCUAUGGAUCAUGACAUAUUGGGAACAUUCUGUGUCUUAAAUUGAUAUAUAAAAUUUUCUUUUUUCUGUUUAAUCUGUUUCCUUUGUGUGUGGAUGAUAAGUAUGUAAAGGAAGAUUAAACAGCAUGUCCCCUCAGAUAUC